UUGAUUUCCCUACUCUGAGUGUCCUGUACACUUAGUGUGAAGUGAGGAUCCCUGUUUCCCAAGGUGUCUUCUUGUUGUCUUAGGGUGGCAAAGUCCCACAGCGUCCAUGUGCCCAGGGUGAGAGCAACCCGGAAAGCCAGCAUUGCACAACACCACCGCAGCCUCCCUACCGUGGAAAACCCACAAGGCAGGUCUUUAUGGUUAUUGGAGAACCAGUCCAGGGGCAAACAUUUCCAUGCCACAAACUAACCACGAUGAACUCAAAUGAGGCUGCUCACGGCUGGGCUGGGCUUAAAACCUUUCUCAGCACUGAACUUGCUGCUCCCCUCAGACUGAUUCUGGAGGCCCGGGUUCAGGAAGUCCGCCAUCUGCAUCCUGCUGUGAACCUCCAGCCCCAAUUGGCCAGUGUGACCUUUGCCACCAACAACCCUACCCUCACCACCGUGGCCUUGGAGAAGCCUCUGUGCAUGUUCGAUAGCUCAGAGCCGCUCAGUGGUGCUUAUGAGGUUUACCUCUAUGCCAUGGUAGACUCAGCUAUCUCCUGGAAUGUGUCUGUGCAGGACAGCACUGGCGCUCCGCUGAGCACCACGUUCCGGCAAACCCAGGGUGGGAGGUCCGGCCCCUAUAAAGCUGUGGCCUUUGACCUGACCCCUUGUGGUGACUUGCCCAGCCUGGAUGCUGUUGGAGAUGUGACCCAGGCCUCAGAGAUCCUGAAUGCAUAUCUAGUCAGGGUGGGCAACAACGGGACCUGUUUUUGGGACCCCAACUUCCAGGGCCUCUGCAACCCACCCCUGACAGCAGCCACUGAGUACAGGUUCAAGUAUGUCCUGGUCAACACGUCCACAGGCUUGGUGCAGGACCAGACACUAUGGUCGGAUCCCAUCCGGACCAACCGGCCCUCUCCCUACUUGGCCAUCGACACGUGGCCGGGCCGUCGGAGCGGAGGCAUGAUUGUCAUUACAUCCAUUCUGGGCUCCUUGCCCUUCUUCCUGCUUGUGGGUUUCGCUGGAGCCAUCAUCCUCAGCUUUGUGGACAUGGGCAGUUCUGAUGGAGAAACAACACACGACUCGCAGAUCACCCAGGAGGCUGUCCCCAAGACCCUGGGGGCCUCUGAACCUUCCUACUCAUCUGUGAACCGGGCCCCACCCCUAGACAGAGCGGAGGUGUUCUCCAGCAAGCUCCAAGACUGAAAUGAUCCUUGGCCCCAAGCCAUCAGCCCUGACCUGUGGUUGGCAGCAAUGCAUUUAUGCUCUGACUGGGCCAGAUGUGAAAUAAGACAUCUUGGUUCAAUGUCAUGAAAACACUAAAUAAAAUCUUAAGUGUUAA